UUUCCCCGGUAGAGUUUGCUCUCAUCGUUCCCUUGCCCGUCCCUCUCGGACUCCUCCCCCUUUAGCUAGCCACUCUGACGGGUCACGUGGUCACGUUAUCCGAGGCAGGGGCAGUCAGUGUGUGUGUGUGUGUAUAUGUGUGUGAGUGUGUCUCUGUGUGUGUCGGUGUGUGUGUGUGUGUGUGUGUGUGUGUGUGUGUGUGUGUGUGUGUGUGUGUGUGUGUGUGUGUGUGUGUGUGUGUGUGUGUGUGUGAGUGAGAGAGAGAGAGAGCUCAAGGCUCGCGAGUUGUGUUUCUACGUCGCCCUAACCUAUAAAUACAGUCGAGGAAUUCAAGGGGAAUCACGGCUGCCUAACCAACACCGAAAAGGGGAUUUAAUUAUACAUUAGUGAACUACCGGAUAGCCCGCUGAAAACGCGAGGGCUGGGAGGUUUCUCCUAUUUAAGGCUGACGGCGAAGCGCUGAGAUAUCUGUUCGCGGACUAUGCUGCUAUAGGUGCACCGGAGGCUGCGGACGACAUGGAGAAUAAAUAGUUGGUAACGUUGCUUUUUAUUCACAAAAACAAAUGUCAAGUGGCUGAUAACAAAGCCCGGAUGUGUUAUUAACCACGGUCCACGGUGUAAUCGCAGCGUAAUCGCUAUGUAGGUGAUGAGAUAUCGAGUGAGUACGCCAGUGUUAUCCCGGAGCAAGUUGUCGCUUGGUUUUUAAAUGAACCCCUCGUAGGAAUGAGUCUCGCUUAAUGCCUCGCCUUUGAUUUUUUAAAACGGGAUGAAUUUGUGAUCAGUGACCCGCCUCCACCACCACUUUUGGUUAAUCGCGAAACACAGUCCGAAUCAAUUACCCAGGAGGAAUUUCCGUCACCUGUCUUCACGGCAGAAAGCUUCCUGUAGGAAAAAAAACAAAACUCAAGCGAGGUGCAAGACACAGGACAGGUAUCAAAUCCCGCAUCAUGGAUGAGGACUGGAAAAACUGCUUCGAGGAAGAACUUUUGUGUCCCAUUUGCCUCAACGUAUUCGACGAGCCCAUUCAACUGCCGUGCAAGCACAACUUCUGCCAUGGCUGCAUAUCGGAGGCCUGGGCGAAGGACGCGGCGGCCGUGCGCUGCCCCGAGUGCAACCACGACUACAGCCAGAAGCCCGCGCUCGAGAAGAACAUCAAACUCGCCAACAUCGUGGAGCGGUUCAACGCGCUGAACACGGAGAAAGCCCCCGUAAUUCUCCACUGUAUCCUCUGUCGGAGAGGCCCCCCGCUCCCGGUACAGAAGGUCUGCCUCCGCUGCAAGGAGCCGUGCUGCCAGUCGCACAUCCAAACCCACCUGCAGCAGCCCUGCCCCGGCCCGGGGCACCUGUUGGUGGACGUGGAGGAGCUCCGGGCGUGGAGCUGCCCCCGCCACGAGGAGUACAGGCUGUUCCACUGCGAGGACGAGCAGGUGGCCGUGUGUCAGUUCUGCUGUAUCUCCCACUGCGCGGGCCAGAGGCACUCUGUCUGCGACGUGGACACGCAGCGCACGCACAUGCAGGGCCGUCUGAUGAGGCAGCAGGAGCGACUGGACGGCCGUGUUCAGAACAUCGAUGAGCAGCUCAGCAAACUGGAGUCGGACAAGACGCUGGUGAAGGACGCGGUGAGUGAGCUCAAGGAGCGUGUCAAAGUCCAGUACCGGCGAAUGCAGGCGCUGCUGGAGGAGGACCUGAGUGAGACCAUGCAGCUGCUGGACAAUGCCCACAGCGCGUACCGCCACAAGAACUCCCAGCAGGCCCAGCAGCUCAAAGAGAAGCGGCAGGAGGCGGACAAACUCAAGAGCUCGGCACAGCUGGUCUACCACAAGGCGGAGAACAUCAGCUUCAUGAAGAACACGAAGCCGUACCAGCUGUUAAUGGACAGGUCAACGUGGUACCUGGACAGCGCCCUGCCCCCCCAGAGAGUGGGCCAGCUCACCUCCCACCUGCUGCUCUCUGAGAUCACCAAGAGGGAGCACAGUCUGCGGAAGGUGCUCAGCGAACCGGUGAGCGGUUCGUCCGUUCUGCAGUGCGUCUCGUCCCCGAGGGGCGGGGCCUCCUCCUCCUCCUCCCUGGAGAAGAGGAAGCACGCGUCGGCCUUCCCCGAGGGCCAGCACCCGGGCCCCUCCGGCCCCCAGGACCCCCCGCUGGUGGGCUCCGGCGGCAAGAGGGCCUUCCUGGGGGACCCCCCCCACCACCAGGGCCUGCGGGGCCCGUCCACCCUCUACCCCCCCGAGGGCCUGGCCUCCCAGCCCCCCCACCCGGGCCCGGGCCCCAGCGUCAGGGCCCCGGACGGCUCCGCCCAGCAGCAGCAGCACCUGGGGGCCGCGGCCCACCCGCUGGGCUCCAUGUUCCCCCAGGGCCCCUACCCCGGAGGGGCGGGCCCCCAGCAGCAGAACGGGCUGCCGCAGUACGGCCGCAAGAUCCUGGUGUGCUCCCUGGAUAACUGCUGCUGCUCCCGCGUGCCCCCCCCGCGCGGCCGGCCCCCCUACCCGCCCUCGGACCCCUACCCCUGGAUGGGCUCUCAGGAGUUCCCCCCCCAGCCCCCCCUGGCCCCCGGCCAGCCCCUGCAGGGUCUCUCCAUGCGGGACUGGAUGGACACGUCCCAGGCCCCCCGACACCCAGACUUCUACGGGCUGUACGGGCAGAGCGCCAAGCACUACGUCACCAGCUAG